UCCCUGUCACGCGGGCGGGGUGAGUUCGGCGGCUUGUGGAUCACAUGACCUAAGCCGCCGGACUUCGGCAGCCUGUGUGAAGGAGAUCAGAGUUAAGAGACAUACGGUGCGGAGUUGGCUGCGAUGAGUUUCCUUGGAGGGUUUUUUGGUCCAGUGUGUGAAAUUGAUAUUGUUCUCAAUGAUGCUGACACAAGAAAAACGGCAGAAAUAAAAACUGAAGAUGGCAAAGUAGAGAAACACUUCCUUUUCUAUGAUGGCGAGUCUGUUUCUGGAAAGGUAAAUCUCACUGUUAAACAAACGGGCAAGAGGCUAGAGCACCAAGGAAUUCGGAUUGAGUUUGUUGGACAGAUUGAGCUGUUUAGUGAUAAGAGCAACACUCAUGAGUUUGUGAACCUGGUGAAAGAGCUUGCACUUCCUGGGGAGCUGACACAAAACAGAAGCUAUGACUUUGAGUUUAUGCAGGUGGAAAAGCCAUAUGAAUCCUAUAUUGGCACCAAUGUUAGGCUCAGGUAUUUCCUUAAAGUCACAAUAGUGCGAAGACUGACUGACUUGGUCAAAGAGUAUGACCUAAUAGUUCACCAACUUGCUACAUAUCCAGAUGUGAACAACUCUAUUAAAAUGGAAGUGGGAAUAGAGGACUGCCUACACAUUGAGUUUGAAUACAACAAGUCAAAGUAUCACUUAAAAGAUGUCAUUGUGGGAAAAAUCUACUUCUUGCUGGUAAGAAUCAAAAUCCAACAUAUGGAGUUGCAGCUCAUUAAAAAGGAAAUUACUGGCAUAGGUCCCAGUACUACCACUGAGACUGAGACUAUUGCCAAGUAUGAAAUUAUGGAUGGAGCUCCAGUUAAAGGUGAAUCCAUUCCAAUUAGGCUAUUCCUGGCAGGAUAUGACCUCACACCAACCAUGAGAGAUGUAAAUAAGAAAUUUUCAGUGCGGUACUUUCUGAACCUGGUCCUGGUAGAUGAGGAAGACAGACGAUACUUCAAACAGCAGGAAAUUGUCCUUUGGAGAAAAGCACCAGAGAAAAUAAGAAAACGCACCAAUUUUCAUCAGCGUUAUGAGUCUCCAGAGCCACGGCCAACUCUUUCUGCAGAACAGCCUGAAAUGUGAAGCCAGCCUGAAAGUCGAGACAAGUGAGGUGCUUAACUGAAUGCAGCUGAAUGUAAGGAAGUGAGAAAGGCCUAAACAUACACAUCCUCACUGUCUUCCUUCAUCUUGACACAGCUGCCGUAGCAAUGAACAUCCUUGCAAGUGUCUAUGGACUGUUUUGAUGGUGGAGAAACACACACUGGAACAUUCUGAGAAUACCAUUUUAUAAUGCACAUUUUACUCUUUUUGUUUGACGCACUUGGAUAUGCAAUGAGUUUAACAAAAAAAAAAAGUUUAUAAAAAUGUCAUAAAUGUUUCUGUGCAUGUAGGCUUAAUUUAUGAGAACAAAAUCCGUUAUGCUAAGUGUCAUUUGAGUUUUCACAUGUGCUUAGAGACAUGGUAUGAAAUGUGGCAUAUUGAAUUCUAGGUGCCAUAAUAUUUAACUGUAUAAUAGAGGAGAUUUAUGUUGAGAUGCACCUUUAUGAAUUGCGUAUCAUUUUCUUCUGCGGUUCGCACCACUUUUUCAUUUUUACUAAUAUUUCAUGCAAAGCAUAAUAGGUCUAUUAACUUACUGUUGUGUGGAAUAGAAACACACAUUAAUGGUGGAAGCAGAAGUGGACUGGAAUAGAAGACUCUCUUGGGGAUCUUUGAAGCAUAUUUUGAAAUUCACUGUUCCCUUUAAAUAGUAAUCUUAAUCAUCCAUAACAUGUCAAAUACUUAUGCUUUUCUGAGUUACCACCUUCUCUAUCUGCAUUACCUUUCCCCCCUAUAGGCAAAAUCACAAUUAAAGGCCUUUAAAAAUGUGUGGAUUUGUAAGCAGUUUUCUGAAUCCCAUGUUUUAACUUCUUGGGUCAAAUGUAGCUGGUCACGUGAAACAGCUGAAAGUAAUUUCCAUCCAUUUUGCCAUGUAAGUGCCUGUAAGAGGUUUAUGAAAUGUAUGCCAAAUAUCCUGGCAAUUUGCAUGUUUCCCUUUUUAUAUUGUUUAAUUAUUGAAAUGAAAUUUGCCGAGUAUUAAAACCAUGUAAAUAUUUAGCUUCAAUCUAUGUAUCCACCUACAAUAAACAUUUACUGUUUUAUUGGUAUACUAAUGUUGUGUGGUCCUACAAAUGAAAUGUAUAUCAAAGAUGAGUGAAUGGUUCAGAGAUCAUCUAAUGAUGCUAGGAAAAAUAUAUUUAAAUAAAUGACUACUCUUUGGGUUAUAACUGUA